AGCAACACUCCUGGUUGUCAAAAAUGACUCAAUUUUAAUUAUUUCAAUUUUCAGUUUCAAAAUGAAAAUGGCAGAUCAGUCACAAAAGAAGAUUUUAUUAAAAAUUCCCUUAUUAAAUAACGAACAAGCCCAAUUGGUAUCUGACGUAUUAAAUGUUGAUAAAGAACUUAAGGGUAGUGGAGUCAACAGGAAAAUUAGUAUAGAUGAAGAUUGUCUUUUGGUUAUAUUUGUUGGCGCUGACUACAAGAAAUUACGAGUGACGAUUAAUGCUCUACUGAAAAAUGUUAAUCUGAUAGUUAAAACACUAAGUUUAUUUUGCUAAUUAACCUUGUUUUCUUCUUUUAAAAUGCCUGAACACACUCCAGCUCCUACACCUUCUAGAUCAUUGUAUGGUUUCUUCAUGUACUUAUUCAGUAAAACUAUUUUAGCAGUUUAUUGUGUUUGGGCUAUAACUCCUGAUUCUUAUUUACAUUAUUUAAAUAUUUACUAUUAUCCACAAAAGUACUGGGCAACAGCAGUUCCUAUACAGUGUUUAGUGGGAUUGACAAUGUUUGCAUUUUUAGUUUACCCCAGUUCUAAUUUGAUGUUAACAACCACAAUAAAAAGUCUUAAUACUAUUCAUGAUACUUUUACUAGAUAUGAUGAUAAAAUUACUGAAAGUCCAAGCAGCAUCAACAAUAAAUGUAUAUGUGUUAAUAAUACUAAAUGUAUGAAAUUUACAUAUUCAGCUAGUAAUAAAGAACUUUUAGAAAAUACUGUACCCCAACUAGUUGACUUAGAUAUACGGAUUGUCUCUAAGAAACUGUACCUUUGUAAGAAAUAAAAAUAAAUUAUGAGUGAAAGUUAUAGUUU